UUGUUCAUUAUGACACCUGCUGAAGCUGAAUGAAGUCAGCAUGCUUGAAGGUGAUGGAAAGUUGACAAGAUUGCUCUCGCCAGUCGUCAUCGAACAAAAGACAAAAAGUAGACACUGCCAGCAGCCAGCAGCCAGCAGCCAGGGAGCAGGAACGUCCACUUGGAGGGGCCUCCUCGCAGGCGGAGGAAGCAGAAUGGGCAGGAAGGAUGCCAGCGCCACCAAACUACCAGUUGAUCAGUACAGGAAGCAAAUUGGUAAGCAGGACUACAAGAAAACCAAGUCGGUCUUAAAGGCCACGCGGCUCAAAGCUGAAGCCAAGAAGAACUCGUCUGUGUUCAGGGAUGGCUUCCUGGUCCUCGUGGCGAUCGCGUUCUUUGUCGUCUGCGUCUACGCCUUUUUCUACCUCAACCUGAGCAACGAGAUUAACAUGGAUAUGGACUGACACUGUACGUACUGUACAUUGUUCUUUCUUCAUUCACGCACACCUUUUCUAUUUUCCUGACAACCAGCGUCCUCUCUAGUGGACAUUUGCUUUUUUUUUUUUUUGCUUUUUUUUUUUAAUAUUACUUUUGUCAGAGCCACUAUAGGGCUGGGCAAUAUGGAUGAAAUCGGAAUCAUGAUAUCAGUGUUUUGUAUCAUAUCGGUCGGUAUCGAUAAUUGUUGGUAUUUUUUAUGACCUAUCUAUAAUACGGACCAGGAGAAAAAGGUAUACAAGUCAUCAUAAACAGGUUGUCGACAUAAACAAGUUGUCAACAGUAUUGGGUCGUUGACUUAAAGGGGGUAGUUAACAUAAAUGGUGUGUUGCUGUAAACAAGUUGUUGACAUAAACAUGUCCUUGUGAACAAACGCUGACAAACAGGUUGUUGACAUAAACAUGUUGUCGUCAUAGACAAACAGGUUGUCGACAUAAACGAGUUGUCGACAUAAAUGGUUUAACAUGAGUAAGUUGUCAACAUGACCAUGUUUAUGUAUAUAUAUAUA